GGAACGAUUUGAUUUUUACGGUCAUUGCGUAGCGCUCGUUCCGUGAAUAUGGCCGCUGAAGAUUCUUGGGUAUUUGAUUCGCUGGUCUGCUUUCUCCAUGGACCCGUCUGGAAUGCUCCGCUGCAGACAUUUAUCGAGCAGAAGUCCUUGGUCUUUGAUCCCAACUUGCAGCUGGAUGAGAACAAUGAGGAUAUACGUCAAAUCCAUGAGGAGUACAAGAAUCUGGUGGACUUUAUGCUGGGCAGCUUCAUGGAGGAGAUGCACAUAACACCGGAGCAGUUCGAGCUGGCCUGCCUUGAGGGCCGUCAGCAGGGUCCGGGCGAGAAUCCAUUUCAGUUUCAUCAGGUGCUCUUUCAGCAGAUCUGGGCUGCAAAUGAUUUGAAGAUCUUUAUACGCAUGAUGACCCAACGUAAUGUGGAGCUGCAGCUGCAGGCGUUGGAUCUCAUUGAGAAGCAUCAAUUGGCGCGCACUGCUUCUGCAGAGCUGGGGGAAGCAGAGACCCCAGCAGGCGCAGAGGGAAGCAAUGGAGUGGCUGACUUGGAUGUGGAUGAACUGAUAGCCAAAACGGUGACCAAUGAGCUAGAGAGUCCAGAGGCUGCUUUAACGCCUGAGCAGGAUGCCAAUUUGGGGCUGGUCAACGAUAAGUUUCAGCGUCUGAAUCUGUUUUUCGAGCAGGAGGAUCAGGUGGAUCCCAAUGAGAUAAUCUCGCGCCAACAAUAUUUGCGCCAGCAGCGCGACAAGAUCGUGGAGAUCAAAAAGCAAACGCGUGCCAAGCAGCUGCAGGAGACGGUGGCACGCAACACGCCACAGCAGCCGCUGGAACCAGGUGCACGACCCAGCUCAGCGCAGGUGGCACAGCAACUGCUCGAGAAUGUGGAGCUGGGCAAGCCGCCCGAAGCAGUGGAUGAGGCGGAUAAUGCGGCGCUGCAGCUGCGACGUACGCUGGCCAAAAGGCUGCGCAGUGAAGUCGUGGAACACAAUUGA